AGAACACAAGCCUCUCAGCCUCAGCCGCCGCCAUUCGGCCUAAUCUGAGGCUUAUUUCUACGCUACUGGUGCAGCAAGUCGCAGCGCUCACAGCCAGCCCUCCACCGCGCGCGUCCGUGCGUGCGCUGUCUCGUCCACACCGGAGAGCCUAUUAGGCCUCCGCGAGACGCUGUCACCGCGCACCAUGGCGGAACGCACGAAAUUGGCAGCGGGCCUAGCGGCGGGCACGCUCAUAGCCGCCUGGUACCGCCGCCACAGGAGGCGGGACCCCUGGGAGGCGAUGCUCGACAAGGCGCUGCCCGCGAUUGUUGUCAUACGCGUGAACUACGUGAAGCCUUUCGAUGGAGAGCAGGCCGGUUCCGGUUCAGCAACAGGAUUCGUCGUGGACUUCGAGCGAGGUUUGAUCCUGACGAACAGGCAUGUGAUCGGGACCGGUCCCAUACGAGCAGAGGCCACGUUUGUGAAUAAAGAAGAGGUACCGCUCACACCCGUGUAUAGAGAUCCCGUGCAUGAUUUCGGACUGUUCCAUUUUGACGUGACGAAGCUGAGGUAUGCUGAUGAACUCCAGAGGGCGGAGAUACCCCUCGCCGAAGAUGGCGCAAAAGUGGGUUUGGAGAUAAGAGUCGUGGGCAAUGAUAGUGGAGAGAAGAUCCAGAUUUUGGCGGGCACGCUGGCGCGCUUGGAUCGGAACGCGCCGCUCUACGGCGGCGACGGUUUUAAUGAUUUCAACACGUGCGAUCUCGGCGUCCUUCACGCCAUCGACGCGACUCGUGUCCAUCAGACGAGGUCAUUCGGACCGAGUCGAGCGACCGCGAUGCUCCGCACAGGUUCUACUACAGUGCCGCGUCGAACACGUCCGGUGGCAGUUCCGGUUCUCCCGUAUUAGAUAGCAGGGGACGGGCCGUGGCCCUCAACGCCGGAGGCUGCAACGCGUCAGCAAGUUCGUACUACUUACCGUUGCAUGCCGUCGUGAGAGCACUGGACGCCCUGAAACGCUUCGAAACGCCACAAAGAGGCACUUUAAGGGUAGUGUGGCGCCACGUGACCUGCGACGAAGCUCGUAGAUUAGCUUUGUCGCCGGCCGCCGAAGCGUUGCUGCGACGGCACCACCACGGCGACGACACGUGCGGGCUGUUGUGUGUCGACCAGGUCAUCACCGGUGGAAGCGGUUCAGAAGCGGGCCUGGAGCCCGGCGACCUACUGCUGUCUUGUGGGGACAAAAGGUUUCCCGACUUCGACGCGCUCGAGAGCUACUUGGAUUCCAAUGUGGACAGGGCGGUCCAGUUAUCUAUAGAGAGGGGCGGCGCGUCCAAGUCCAUACGGCCAGCCAGAGCCGAGUCCUUACAUAACUUGGUUCCCAGCAACUUCCUGGAAUUCGGCGGAGGCGUCCUCCAUUCUAUAUCGCUAGGAACGGCUCGGAGCGGCAACUUGGACGCGGGCGUCGGUGUCUACGUCGCGUUCGCGGGCUUCGUGCUGGAUGUCGCGGGCGUGCCGGCCCAUGCCGUGUUAACCGCUGUGGGAGAUGUGGAAACGCCGACGCUCGACGCGUUUCAAGAUGCCGUUGCUAAAUUAGGAGAUGGGGCUCGCGUGAAUGUCCGCUACUAUGCCGUGGGUGACAGGUUCAACGCCCAAGUCGCUUUAGUACGAGUGAAUUAUCGCUGGUUCAAAUUGCAGCGGUGGCGACGGAGAGACCCUCAUUUAAAUGAAAUUCCCGUCGACGCCAACGCGUCCUUCCGGGCCUGCUGGGAGUCUACUCAGAUAGAAACCAAUAAAACACCUUAUACUGAAGACGCGCCCGCCGCAGCGACGUUCCAGAGAUCUCACGCGACAGAUGCGGCCAACAGUGUCGUCAGCUGCAUCUGCAAGGUGUCGUUUGAUGUGCUCCAUGCGGUCGACGGCGUCCACGACUGGCACUUCGCGGGCUGCGGCAUCGUUGUGGAUGCGGAAAGAGGACUUGUAUCUACAGAUAGAAAUACUGUGGUAACUGCGCUCGGCGAAUGUGCUGUGACAUUUGCCGCCAGUGUAGAGCUGCCGGCCAAAGUUAUCUUCGUGCACCCGACGCGGAACUUCGCCAUUGUUCGGUAUGACGCGUCGCGGUUCGACGGUGUGUCAGCAGAUCGACGGCCGACGAGCGCACCUCUCAGACCGCGCGAUUUGAGUGUUGGUGACGCCUUGGAAUUUGUAGGAUUGUCGCGAACGAAUCCCGACCAGUCCCUCAGUCAAAAAGUGACCGUGACGGAGCUGUCGUGUGUCAACAUCGCCCAGGCGCACGUGCCCCGUUUUAGAGCCUUGAACGAGGAAAUCGCAAAAUUUGACCAGGUGCUCAACAAGUCUCUGGGGGGUGUUUUAGUGGACGAAGAUGGCAGCGUGAGUGCGACGUGGUCGUGCUACUCGUUCUACUCCUGGUCUGAUGAAAAAAAUUAUGAAGCUUUUCAUGCCGUCGGCGUCGGUGUGGCAAGAAAAGUUCAAGCGCCCUUCAAUUCGUGGUCUCUCGUGGUCGCUGCUCUCUGGAUACGGUCGAGUGUAUCCCUCGGAGAUCGUGUCCGAGUUUGGGCCGAAAACAUGGCCGCGGUGCCGAGGUAGAACCUGACUCACUGGUUGAUUGCCACACAGGUCGGCGUCGGCGGCUUGUUGGACGCGACGCUCGCCGUCGCAUCUAACAUCGAUAACAAGCCGGAGAAGCCGCUGCGAGUCGUCGGGUUCGGUCUUAAAAGAUUACCUUUGUCGACCGCGCGGACGUCGAUGCGAUUAAGCGACGCCUGGGUGGAAAAGCUGAGGAAAGCCAGGCCCGGCCGCUCGCAAGUACUCUCGGUCGCCCAUUUAGCCCAUACGCAGCAGUCUUUGUUAAGGGAGGGCGACCUACUCCUGUCGAUGAACGGGACCUCGACCGCUACUUUUGCGGACGUCGACGAGGCCUGUUCUCAUGGUGGUUCUAGCAUACCAGCAACAUUGUGGCGGGAGGGCGAAGCGCUGGAGGUGAAUGAGCCGCUGGAGAGAGUACCACUCGGUGCGGGCACGGAACGAGUCGUCGUCUGGGCCGGGCUACUGUUACAAAAACCACAUCGCUCCGUACUGGAGAUGGGCGAGCCCCCGAACCAGGCCUACGUGUCCUACUACUUGUACGGCUCGCCGGGCCACUUCUACGGCAUCAAGGCUUGUAGGUUCGUGACGGAAGUCGACGGGAAACAAAUCACGGACCUGGACUCGUUUUUGAGUGCCGUAUCAAGUAUCGAGGACGGCGAGGCCGUGCGCCUCAAAACGUCGGAUCUCCAGGGCCAGGUCGUGGCCGUGACGCUGCGCACCGACGACCGGUUCUGGCCGGCCCACGAGUUUUCGUUCAAGGGCGGGGACUGGUCCGUGCGGAAGCUCUAGAUAGGUAGUAGUGUAAGUAUAGUCGCUCGGUA